AUGUUAGGGAAGGGCGUAGAAGGUAGGAACCGUCGAACUCUAUCAACAUGGUGGAAAGAUUUAGUUGAUUUGGCUUCCGGCGAUUUGGGCUCUGCUUUAGUUGGCAAUCUCUCGUUUCAGCUUGGUUGCGGCGAUAAUACCUUAUUCUGGGAAACUCGUUGGCACGAUGUAGGCAUCCUUAAGGAAGCUUUUCCUAAUCUGUAUGCUGUCAGUACUGUGAAGGGCAAGAUGAUAAAUGAGUUAGGUGUGUGGAGUAACAACUCGUGGGCAUGGAGCGAUGUUGGCAUCCCUGCGGAUUCUCUGUCAGUGGCUUUGGAUGAAGACCUUCAGCAGCUGACGCUUUUAUUAGGGAGUACAGCACCGGUGGAGGACAAAGCUGACAGCGUUUUUUGGCAGCAUGACUUAGCCAAUGGUUAUAGCGUUAAGGUUGGGUACGAUUGUCUGGAGGGAAGAUUGGACGUGUCGAGAAUUGAUGACGACUAUUCAAGAGCUUUUCAUAUUUUAUGGUCGUCCGACGUGCCGUUUAACAUUAAGGCUUUCUCUUGGAAAUGUUUUUUGAACAGACUACCAACAAAAGACAUGCUGCUGAGCAGAGGUAUUCAUCUAUCUAACUCGGACUCGUCUUGCGUUUUUUGCGCAGUGGAGGAGGAAACUCUGUUUCAUUCUUUUUUCGCCUGUACUAUUUCGAGGCUGGUGUGGGACAACAUAGCACAAUGGUUAGGUUUCCAAUCUCACCUUGCUGUUAGCCCUUGGCAGGAUUUUCUUGAUUGGGUAUCUUUAGCGAGAAAGGCGAAAGUCAAGAGAAAAAAGGAGGGUUUGAUUUGGUUGGCUGUGGUUAGAGGCCUUUGGUUGAGGAGAAACGAUAUUAUUUUCAACGGAGGAACUUGUAUUGUUAACGACAUCACUUGGGAAAUCAAGUUAAAGGUUUGGAGGUGGUCGUUUUUUGGUGAAAUUGCUUAUUCCAAGUGUAACUUCUACGAUUUCUGUAAAAAUCCGUUAUUUUACCUAUCGUAG